UAAGGUGCUGCUGCGCUGAUGGGCACAGACUGCGCGCACGUCGUACGAGCGUUUUGACGACGCGUAUUUGCUGUCGAAAGACGAACGAAUUCGUUGGCGGAGAAUUCCGCGGGGACCAUCAUCCGUAAAGCCACAGGAAGAACAGGAGGCCCCGUGAACACGUGCCGUUGACGAAGGACAACAACGGCCCACCUGUAUUUCCACAAGUUACGGAACUAGUAAUGUCUACUAGCGUUACGUCGAGGUGUGGGUGCAUGUUCGGGCAGAUGACGAUGCGCUGCGUCUACGAGACGCGACGACGUUCAUGAGACAUUUUCACACGCCCUCGUAACGCAAACGCGUAUACAGGCAGCACACGUUUCAUUAUUAUUAUGCCGGAUCGCGGAUCCUCGAAGUUGUCCUUGUAACGAUCGGUGUUGGUCCGGAUUGCGAGAAGUUAGCGGCAAAGUGGAAGCACCUCUCGAGAUUCCGUUAUUCCAAGUGGCCACCUCGAACGCGCGUGCUGUUUCUAACGAGAACAAGAGAAAGAUUUGCAUAUACCUGAGACGGCGAAUUUCUCGCACUUGAGAAUAAUAAUCUCGCUCUGCUGCUCGAACGACGAUACACGCCGGGUCAUUCCGUUAUCACGUACAUAAUAGGUCGCGAAGGUGUAAUAAGCGCGCACCUUCGGUGCAGGACGCACGCCAUUUUCGAUCUCCUCGCCGUGAGUAGUGUGAAGUAGACUGCGGGACGACGCGCUGUGUGGUAGUGCGUAUCGAGUGUAUCUUCCGCCCUCCGCACCCCGCUGGCCAGUCCACGGCCGAAUCGCCGUGAAGUGUGCAUUUAGUGACUGAGAGAGAGCUGUGUGUACAUAUAAAUGGCGACCAACGAGAAAUGGUACUUCUCGAAGGAACAGCUCGCAAAUACGCCGAGUAGAAGAUGCGGCAUCGAGGCGGAUAAGGAACUAAGCUACCGCCAGCAGGCGGCCAAUUUCAUUCAGGACAUGGGACAGCGGCUCAUGGUAUCACAAUUAUGCAUCAACACGGCCAUAGUAUACAUGCACAGGUUUUACGUGUACCACUCGUUUACGCAGUUCCAUAGGAAUGCCAUUGCGGUGACUGCGCUCUUUUUAGCAGCAAAGGUAGAGGAGCAGCCAAGAAAAUUAGAACAUGUUAUCAAAAUGGCACAUAUGUGUCUUCACAGAAACUCAAGUCCUCCUGAAGUCAAGUCUGAUCAAUACACUGAACAAGCUCAAAACCUAGUGUUCAACGAAAAUGUCCUUCUACAAACAUUAGGUUUUGAUGUUGCCAUCGAUCAUCCCCAUACACAUAUUGUUAGAUGUUGCCAAUUAGUAAAAGCGAGCAAGGAUCUGGCCCAGACUUCAUAUUUGAUGGCAUCUAAUAGUUUACAUUUGACGACAAUGUGUCUGCAAUAUAAACCCACGGUUGUUGCCUGCUUCUGCAUACACUUGACAUGUAAAUGGUCUGAAUGGGAGAUACCACAAAGUAAUGAAGGGAAACCUUGGUUCUGGUACGUGGAUAAGGCCGUAACUGCGGAAUUGUUGCAUCAGCUAACAUUAGAAUUUCUUCACAUAUUCGGCAAAGUUUCGUCGAAGUUAAGUCAGGCCGCUAAAGGCCGGAGCCCAAGCAUGCACCAUCCGAGUUUGUCGGGUUCCCCAUUUGAUAUUGAGCCGCAUAAGAUCCAAUCGCCCGCAACGUCGGAUGGCGGACCUUCUACUUCUCACGCGAGCCGACCACAUCACUCGCAGGAGAAGCAGGAGAAGCCGGGAGACGAGAAAGGCGCGACCUCAUCAUCAGCGAGGCCAAUCGACUACCGCGAAUAUCGGGAGAAGAAAGAGCGCGAGCGCUUGGAGCGAGAGAAAAGCGCGCUCGCGUCAAUGAGCACGCAGGGUCACAUCACCGAUCCCAACAAGCAUCACUCCCAUCACCACAAACUCGUGACAAAUAUGCCGAACAAGCACCAGUUGCCGUCGAUGCAAAAAUCGGGGUUACAUCAUAAUCAUCACCACCGGCCCGACGUGAAGGUGAAUCCGGUCUUGCAGAGACAUUCGGCCGGCACGCAAAUCAGGGAGACCAGCCGCGAUCCUAACCGGCAGAGAUUACCGAGGGAAUACAUCGGUGGCACAAGUACCGGUAGUGUUGCGCAUCCGUCGAGAGACGUUAGCUUGGACGCUGCCGUCGAUGUUGCAACUCAUCAAGCGGAUGUAGGGGCCGCGCAGAACGUGAGCCACGGUAAUUCGCAAGAAAAGCCGUCGAGCAACAACAACUACAACUUACACAGGCUGAACACGCUCGACGGUAAGCAGCAGCCAUACGAUAAGAGGAUGCACGAGCUCAGGCGUAGCAAACCGACAGAGCACAAAAAGGACGGCGAGCCGAAAGCAUACGGCGAUAAGUACACGGAUCUCGCCUCCAGGGUGGACCGACAGCGACGCAAGUCGGACACGUUGGAGCAGAGAUGCGAGGAGGUACGGAAGCUGAUCGAGAAGCCGCUACCGCUGCCACCGAAACCAACGGAGGCACCGUAUAUGUUGAAUGCGCAAAAACAGGCGCACCAUAGCAAAUACGAGAAAUCAUUGGGCACUUCGCACGCGGUCGAAGCGAAACAUUCAGCGAUGGGACAGAGCGCGCUGACACAGGAUAAGUCGCCCAGCGCGCCCACAGCCGCCUCCACUGUUAUGCCUCAGGUGUCACAGAAGAGCACGCCGGCCAGGAGUAUGCACAACCAGCAUUCGGCUUACGGCGUGUCUCAAAUCCUGAAAGACACCAUCAAGAACGGCAGCUCUCAGCCGUGUUUGUCCACGUUAAACAAUGUGGACGAUACUAAGCUGGAGAAACGGCCAAGGAUUCAUGACGACUCCGAGAAAAUCUCCGUCGACGUGCAGCAACAGACGCCACCUACUAGCCGACAUAGGUCACUUUUCAGCCCGGAAACGCCGACCACGAGAGAGCCUCAUGUGCAGAAGCUCAAGUCGAAACAGAAGACACCGGCGGUGAGGGCUAUAAAGCAAGAGCGCGUGUCGCCGUUCACGAGUCCAAUGGAAUCGCAGCAACAGGACUCAUUGGUGAUGAAGCGGUCGUCCAGCGACAAUACAGUGCCACACAAAAGGCCGCGCACCACCAGUACCGGCGAAAACACCGGCGAACAUCCGGUGAAAGUAAAGACCGAGGAUUCAUCUAGCUUGGAGGCUAUGAGGAUACUCGGUCGCGUACCUGAGUUGAUCCAACCGAUUCGCGACGCUCCGCUAUCGACGAGCAGUGGCCAAGCCAGUUCUUCGGCGAUUACCGGCGCAGAUGUGAAGCCACCGACGGAGCAGUUCGUCAAAUACGAGCUGGACGCGACAGUGCCUCGUCUAAACGCGACGAUAACGCAGCACAAAGUGGCAUCGAUGAGCAUGCAGGCACUGACGAACGGUUUGGAUUCGAACCCAGUGAUAAAGCAAGAGUGUUUAGAACAACACGUGAAAAAGGAGCAACCGCACAGGAUUCAGCAGCCGGUCAACGUGAAGCUCGAGCAAUCGCAUUCCCAUUCGCAACAGCCGAGGCUCGAAUACUCACCGAUGAAGUCUGCGCAAAGCAUCAGCGCGUUACUACAAGAGCCACUAGCCCCGAUGCCAUCGUUGCUGCAAGUAACAAUGCAACAUAUCUCGACUCACAGUCAGCAAAUGCAGCCGGACCUUCUGCAGCAACAACAACAGCAGCAAUCCACUAUUCAUUUGCUGACGAACCAACAAUUCCCGAUGACCACAUCUAGUAAUUUAUCUGUGUCGACCGCAAGUGACACCGCGUCGAUAAUCUCGACAGUCGACAUGAGUGCUCUCUCGUGUGUGCCGCUCGCGCAUCAAUCGAGCGGCACAGAGCUUAUGUCCGUCCCGCUCCCGAUCGUUGCCCCGAUAGCGCCCGUAUCUGAGGAGAAACGAUCGGAUCAUCAUAAGAUCGAGAAGAAAAAGAAGAAGAAAAAACAUAAAGAGAAGGAUAAGAGCCGCGAGAAACACAAACAUAAGCACAAGGAUAAGGACAAAGAGAAACAUCGAGAGAAGGGCAAAGAGCGGAGCGAAGAGAUCCCGGCGGCGGCGCCCAUUAAAAUCACUAUCCCCAAGGAUAAGCUGAACUUGAGCACCGAGGCGUCGCCAAAUGUAACCGUCGCGUCGGCCGGUAACAGUGCGGCACUGUCGAACAAGUCACCGCAGAAUACUGGGCUGAAAAUCAAGAUCCCGAAGGAGCGACUUAAGGGGACGGACAGUGUGCCCAGUUCACCGGCGCAGCCGGUCGUUCAGGGACCCCUGAAGAUCAAAAUACGGACCGACAGUAUCUCCAGGAGUUCCGCGGCGCCGCCGACGACCUCGCUAUCGCCACAAGCACCGCCGCUGCUCCAACCGACGGCAGGGAGCAGCAGUUCGAGCGGUGCUACGAGCGGCUCGCACGCAGCCUCCGAGCCGACAAGCGAAAGCGCGAGUCGGAAACGUGAGCGGACCGACCAGGAGAGCGGGACUACCGGCCAGCCGUCCACGAAGAAGCAGUCACAGUUAGCUGCGACGAGCUACGGCCACCGACCCGGAGAACGGCAGAAUGGCAGGCAUUAUAGUUCCGGAAGCAGUAAUAAGGAACGACACACGUCCAGCCAUCACAAAAACUCUAGCAAGCUGUCGCAGUCUCAUCAGUAACACAUAACAAUAGUAUGGACAAAGAGAUAAAGACGUUCUAGGCAGUUUCCGAAGCUAUUUAUUCGCCGUGCUGAAGACCACGGAUGCAAUUUGCUGAUUAGCACGAGGUUUAUUGGAAGGACUGGGAUGUGCUCAGUGAAAUAUUUCGAAGUAACCGCCCAACGCGUACCGCUCCGUUGUCUGAUAACCUCGUUCGUUUUCGUCAUGACAAGGAUCAUUCCCCUUCACUUUGGAUUCUUCUUUUCUUUUUCUUUUCUUGCUCAUCUUCUUCUUUCUCCUUCUCCCUUUCUAUUUCUCUCGUCUCAUCUCGUUCCGCUUUCUUCUUUUGCUUUUUCUUCCUAUACUUAUCUUAACUUUCAUCGGUGACGAUUCGAGAAACAACUAUAAAAGACGUGUAAAUAAAGAAAAAGAUAAUGACGACUGUUGUUUCUCCGCAUCGACGGAAGUUGCAUCGCCGGGCAUCGGCUUCACGAUGGAAGUAUGCGGAUGGCAAACAUAAACGAGGAAAGAAACGCAGUCUCAUUCUCUUAAGUCAAAUCAUAAAUAUGUUAAUUCACCAUUAGGUGCGUUUUUGUGCGAUCGCUCGUUCGCUCCUCUCCCGUUGCCCGCUGUAACACUACUCUACACAGCAAUUACUAUUAACUUUAGGACAUCCCUAUGAUGUAUUUUGAACAUUUUUGUUGUGUGGAACAGUGUUAUGUGUUGAUUGAUUGUAAACAAAGGAGUGAUCCUUGUCACUUUGCGAAACCGUAUCGGACUCCGCGUAAUUUCGCGUUGCUCAUGUCCUAAUUGCGAAUGAACCGCGUCAUAAUGACGCGGUUCUCAACAUACGUGUAACAUAUUGACUCACUUGAUUGCGAUUAUUGUUAAUACUGACGUUCGAAAUACUCCGUCACUCGCGCCACAUUCGAUUGCUCGUUCAAAAAUACCCGAUAUCGUUCUCACUCUUAUCUCUCACAUCUUAAUUUCUGUGUUCUCUUAAUUUUUUAAUUUUUUAAUUAACGUUUCAAAUGUUUCACAUUUAAUGCAAGCGUCGAAAUCGACGGUACUUACCAGACUGUCUAGACUGUGAGAAGAGUAUCAGAGACAUAUCCUUAGAACGAUUCGAGCACGACGUCGGCGAAAUGUCGAGAAAGAGAGAGAAAGAGGAGGGAGCGAGCGAGAGAGAGAGAGAGAGAGAGAGAGAGAGAGAGAGAGAGAGAGAAAAUCGGAGAAAAAUAUAAAUACUUUGUUUUACGGGAAGCGUAAUGAGGGUAUGUCGUUUACGGUAUAGGUUCUUCUUUCGUAUUUUAAGCAAGCCUGACAAGGCUACACAAAGUUAGGAUUUUGAUAAAAACGAACGGAUAAGAAGAGAAGAAUAGAAAAAAGAAGAGGAGAUUGGCGACCUCGCUCUUAAAUUCGUUUUCCGUACCAUUUCGUCAUCUUAGUGUUAUUACACGUAUAAGGUAAAGCAUUUAUAUUGAGACGUCUAAAUAAUAAAAAAAUUAAAGCAAAUAAAAAGAAGUGUUUCAGAUGAAAUUAUAGACUUCCAAAGGGAAUAUUAUAAUGUUAUUGGCUUGACCUUCGGAUGGAGUGUCAAAGUGAAAUGAAAGUCAGCUUCAUAUUUUUUAAUGGAACUCUAAUUUUGUAGACAACUUUGUGGCCUUUUUCAUGACAAAUCCAAUAACCAUACACUCAAGAUCAUUGGAAAUCAAAUGAUGAAAAACAGAGAGAGAGAGAGAGAGAGAGAGAGAGAGAGAGAGACCAAAAACGUGAUGGAACGUUUUCCUCAGGAUACACAAGUGAUAUAUAAGAAUUAAAUGACUAUUGCACUACUAUAAUUCUAUCACAACACAGACAGAAUGACUUAUGUUGUAUCUAAAAAAUAAGGAUCCUGAUAAAAAAUAUGAAGUUGACCUUCAUUUCACCUUGACAUUCCAUCUGAAGAUCAAUCCGAUAGCAUUACAAUACUCCCUUUGAAACUCUACAAUUUUGUCUGAAACACUUCUUUUCAUCUAGUUUUAUUUUCUUUUUAUUUAGAAGUCUCAAUAUAAAAACACCCUCCCUGUACACACACACACACACACACACACACACACACACACACACACACACACACACACACACACACACACACAUAUAUAUAUCGCCGUUCUUCCGCGUCACGUUUCCGGAGGAGCAUAAAUAUUGAAUCGCCGAAUUUUUGGCAUAAAUCGACCGCAUGUUCCGGAUUGGUUCGUUGCAGAAAGAAGAUUUGGCAGUCACGUUUUCUCGGUGACCCAACAACAAAGUCGCGAAAGUGUACGUACGCGAAUUUGGAGUUAUGCCCACAUUUUAUUUUUUUUGUUAAUUGUAUUUUUCGUAGCAGACCGUGAGGUAGUGCAAAUUCAAUGCUCGACUCUCAAUUCUUUCGAUUUGCCGUCAGAGUGUAGUUUUGUUGCAAUUUUGUGAUGCUCGAACAAACUUGGGCAAGUGUAUUAUACCAUAUAUAUGGCACCAGUGUGUUCUAUAUAGAUAUUUCUUAGGUAGUGUAAUUUAGUAGACUUUAUCCGAUGUAAUUUAUUAUCGCAAUCCUCCGGUCAGUCUCGGCGACCGUGAGUACGUUACACAUUUAACGAUAUUUGAUUUCCGGCUGUGCCACAAUCGAUUUCUCGUUUCUUCUCAUACGCGUGACCGUCUACGCGCGAUGUCGUCGCGUCGUACACACCGAUUCAUUUCUUCAUGAUACGAUCUAGCACUUUUAAACUCGCCCUUUUAAAUCCGCGUUUCUUUUUUCCUUCCCCGAACAUCUAAUAAUUCACACUAUAUCGUUUAGAAUCAUCGGUGAUGCUACGACUUCUGUUACCUGUUCUAUUUCGCAAAAAUUAAUUCACGACCGAAUGUGUCUCUACAACGAAACGAUCGAUCGAGAGAGAUAGAAAGAGAGAGAGAGAGGUAACGAGGAAGCACGUGCAUACGAUGACACAUUUCUACGCGCUGUUAAAUACCUGUCCGAUAAUAUUUAUAAUUGCUGUUUUCAUCUUGUAAAUAGUUCUUUAUCCGCAUAAUAAAAUAGAAAUACGAUCGUACCGUCGUACUUGAUAGUGUGUACAUAUACUAUACACACACACGCGCGCGCGCGCGCGCAUACACACACACACACACACACAUUUAUAUAUCGCGAAUAUGUGUA